UCAAGGUGUUGCUGUGUGCAGCCAAAUCAAAGUGGAAUGACAUAGACCGUGUUUGACUGUUUGCCCUUUUCGUGACAGAAGUUUGCAGAAGUUUGGGCCGUUUGGGCCCAUGGGAAGUGAUGCACUCCCUUGUGACUCUGGGAUUUCUUUGUUGUUGGAGUUACCUUUGGGACGAAAAGAAUCCAUCAGUGUGAGAUCCAGCGAUUUGGGCAGCAAAGUUUGGUCAGCCUUGCAAACCUUGUCGGCCAUUCAUCGUUUCAAGCUGGAUGGCUUUCAGUGUUUGAGACCGGAUGGCCAUCCUUUGGACUUUCAUGAAAAGCUUUCUGCGCAAGGAUUGCGGGAUGGUUCUAAGCUGCAUGUGCGAGAGCAACCAAAGCUUCGCAAACACGAGACUAUUGUAGUGAACAAGGAGGACUUCCAAGAUGCAAAAAGUGGCAACACUGAGAGGUUGCAGAUUGAACCACACUUGUGGAGUCGAGAGGAUCGGGAAGUCAAAGCCACAAAUUUGAAGCAGAAAGCCAAUGAUGUUCUGAAAGAAGGAGGCUAUCCUGAAGCUCGAGAGAUAUACUCUGCUGCUUUGGCAUGGCUGCCCCCCGAAGAUUCAGAUGUCGAGCUCGUGGCCGCGCUCUUUGGAAACAGGGCACUGACGCAUUUAAAGCUUGAGAGAUGGGAGGACGCCAAAGCAGAUGCAGAAAAGUCCUUGCGGCUUUUGCCCGGCAAUUUGAAGGUCGAAUACCGUUUGGGAUUGGCGGCUCAAGCGCUUGGGGACCUUGGUGCAGCCGAACAAAGCUUCAAACAUGUUCUGGAGAAAGAUCCUGAUGAUCGCGUCGUGAAACAUGCUUUGCUGAAUGUACAAAACAAAAUGGCCAAAGAAGCACAACGGUCUUCCCGAAAGCCGGUGGAGAAGGAGACUCCAAAGGGGAUGAAAUGGCGAUUGGGCAUGUGGCAGCAAGGAUUUAAACUCCCAAGGCUUCAGCAUAUUUGGAGAGAUUUGCACACAGGGACAUCUACAAGUUCUAGCUGCGCUCUUCCAAUCGAUCAUGCAACGGCCCUCUCACAGGCUUGGCGGCAUCAGCCGCCAUUGAAUCAGUUCUUCCACAAUUCUCUGACUGAGAUGGAAAAGACUGGACCUUUGCACGUCAUUGUGUUGGGAACUGGCAACAUGGCAGCUGUCAAAGCAUCCGCAGAUCUUCGGGGAGCUCGGUUUCGCAAUGUCACGGUGCUUGAGCCUUCCAAGAUGUUGCUGGGACUGGCAGAGGACACCCUGCGAUCCAACGGAUCCAACGGAUCCAAUCUGCGCUUUGUCCAGUCACCUGGGCAGCUGGACUCGGAGUUUUCCAUCCCAGCUUCAGUAUUCCCAGAUCCCCCAGAUCCACAAUCCAUGCCCCAUUCAAAUGAAACCAAUGAAACCAAUGAAACCAAUGAAACCAAUGAAACAUGUGUUUUGAUGUGCGACCGCCUUUCGGAAGACCUGGUUGGUGAGAGGCUGAUCUCCACAAUGAAAGCGGGAAAAGAUGCAGCUCGACGUCUUGGCUCAAAGGUGAUGUGUUUGCCAGCAACAGCUGAGUUGGUUUGUGCACCCUUGGAACUUCGAUGCGUCGAAUGCUUGGGUUUCGACACAUCAAAAGCAAAUGCACUGAGAUUCACAGCUCAUGCCAAAGAUGUGCCUCCAGCAAGUACGCGAGUGUGGAAGUGUGAGAUGUGUUCAUGGCGAAAUGUGCCACAAGCCAAAGCUUGUGAACUUUGCCGUGGGACACAACGACAACGCUCCGUGGUAGAUCAACAUCGAGCACGGAGGCAAGACUCUUCUGGAUGGUGGCCUUUGGACUUAGAUACAGAGGCAAAACGAGCCGGUGAAAACGGAUGCAUUUGUCGCUUGUGUGGGAAAGAGCAGAUCGUGUGUUCCUUCGAUUUUAACGAAGCCACCUUUGAACAGCAAUGCUUCGUGCUGGACCGAACGUUUGAAGCCAAAGUACUACAACACUGUCAUGUGAAUGCCAUUGCUGCAUGGUGGCGCUUGAGAGGCCCCAGUGGAGCCAUUGUGGACACAGGUCCCGAAAUGGCUGGGAAUCCCUUGUCAUGGCCUGCCAAGCGCCAAGCGGUAUUCUACUUGGGCUAUGAAGUCGGUGUUGAACAGGACGAAGUGCUGCGGUUCCGGAUGCAAUUCUCAGAUGAAAAGUCGCGCAUCCACUUUGAGAUGUUGGAGCCGCGGUUGGUGGAUCGCAUGGGUUUGAUCAAAUUUCACAUUGAUAUUGUCAAUGAGAAAGUUCUCGAAGAGCUGCAUAGUAAACUUGACGUCAAAACCAACAGGCUUUCUGUUGACAUGAAAAAUGAUGCGGGUGGCGGAAGUGGCGCACCAUUGCAAAAAGCAUUGAAAAGAGGAGAUAAGCUUCUGACGUUUGGUCCAUUUGAUCUUGUUCCAGACACACUCACAGAGGAUGUUUGGAAGAGAGUGAGAGACCGCUUGGAGCGCCAUUCUUCGCGUCCAAAGCGCGGUGAUCAGCCCAUUCGCUGUACGUUCCAACACGGCGUUUUUGAAGGCACUCGACGUUGGCCCUUGCCUACGCUGUGCGACGGUGCGAUCAUUCCGCGACAGCCAUCAUUCUUCGAGCAUUUUGGGCUCUCAGUGACAUCCUACUUGGCACUACUGGAGUGGGAAAUGCAAGACUUUGUGAAGUCUCAUGGCCGAUGUCCACAAAUCUUGGAGCUGCAUUGUAGUCCCGUGCCGCUGCUGAGUAUGUGUGCAAGCCGUCAAGGUGCCAGAGCUUGGGCGGUUGAGGCCAUCCCCGACCUUCGAGAUUUGGCACUCGAGACGGUCAGGGAUUAUGGUCUAGAAAUGACCUUCCAACAGCCGGGCCUUGCAAACUAUCGCUUCUUUGGCGGGAAGAUGCCUGGUGAUCCAGCGGUUCGCAUCCUGAAACCUUUGUUGAGUACCUCCAUGGAGAUUGGAGAUCCGAAGUGCUUAGACGGCGACCGAGCCGAUCUCGUAGUUUGUCGGCCUGAAUCUGGUGGGCCAUUGGGUUUGGACUACCUCGAGACGAUGUGGCACGCAUUUGAGGAGCUCCUAAAGUCUGGUGGUAGGCUGGUUCCAUCCACUCUGGUGGUUAGAGUUAUGGCAGUGGAGUGGAUGCCCUGGGUGGAUGCUUCUGCCGAAAGCACCUGCUAUCUUCAGCCCAUCUUUGGCCUCAAACAUCAACAGGUGCUGCUCGAGGAUUUGAAGCCCUUGACAUCCCAGGCCACAAUUCCAAUUGAUUUGACCUCAAGGCUGGAACCAGAUGAGACGGGUGAGCUCGAGGUUCAUCAAGCUGGACUUGUGACAGCCUUUGCGCUCUGGCAUGAGCCACAUUCCCCAGCUCUACCACCAGGGAAGAACAAGGGCUACGUGACUGUUUGCUUUGUCACUCCACAGAUGGUCAAUCAGGGACAAAGGAUCCCCUUCCAUUUGUCCAUCCAAGAGUGUGAGCUUACGGCUGCGCUUCCGCGAUCAACGGAAGAAACAUGCACCUAGCUGUAUCUUUGGAGAUAUGUGAUGGAGACCUAGCAGGGAAAUGGAUCCUCGCAAACAAACUUCCGGUGUUGGUAAAAUAUGUGACGGCACCAUUUCUGUACAGGUCCUGUGACACAAACAUCAAGACUAUCCAUCCAGCGAAAA